UGUUUCCCUUUCUUUCAAGACGGACUUGACAUUUCUCUUUGUAUAUGUUCUGUGACAAUGAGAUGAUGCCUUUUUAUUACAAUAAUAAUAAUAGUAUACAACUAAAAUGAAUAGCUUAGGUUUAAAUUUAAUUUUAAGAAUGGGUUGUUUAUGUGCUAAAGAGAUCAUUAUGGUAAACUCGAGAAAAUAUAAAGUCUGUGAACAUCUCGGAGACGGUGGAUUUAGCACAGUACAUUUGGUUGAGGAUGUUAUCACACACAGAAAGUAUGCCAUUAAAAAAAUUAUUUGUCAUGGAUCAGAAGACCAGCAAUUAGCGAUGAAAGAAGUUGAGUAUUAUAAAUUAAUUAAGCAUCCAAAUGUUAUAGAAUGUAUAGAUUCGAGUUACGAAGGCAUGGCGGAUCCAAUUGUUAAUACAACGAGCGAAAUGUUGAUUGUUUUACCAUAUUAUCAAAUCUGUGAAGGUGUAAAGGCAUUUCACGAGUCUAAACCAGAACCACUUGCUCACAGAGAUUUAAAAACUGCAAAUAUAUUGCUUAGUGACGACGGGACACCUAUUAUUAUGGACUUGGGUUCUGUAACAACUGCCAGAGUUCAAAUCUGUGGUACUCAAGCUGCGCGGACUUUACAGGAUUUAGCGGCUGAAAGAUGUUCCAUGCCGUAUAGAGCUCCAGAACUAUUUAACGUUGAAAGUUAUUGUAUGAUUGACGAACGUACAGACAUUUGGUCGUUGGGAUGUAUACUGUAUGCACUAUGUUAUUUUAAAUCUCCUUUUGAUACUGUUUACGAACGAGGCGACAGCGUAGCUCUUGCUGUAAUUAGUGCACAUGUAACGUUUCCAGAUGGUACUCCAUACAACGAAGAUAUGCAAAAUUUAAUUUUAUCAAUGUUAAAAGUUAAUCCAAUGGAGCGUCCAUAUAUAUAUAGUGUAAUAGAGAGCGUGCAUGGUGUUAUUAUUAAAUUGGAGGAUAGAGUAUAGUCACACAGCAUAUAAAAUGUAACAUAUGAUAUUGCGAUGACUAGAUUACAUGGUUAAGAAAACCAUACAGGAUUAUAUAUUUAUAAGACAAUUGUAUGUAAAAUAGAUGCAAUUAUAUAUAAUAUAGUUUAUAUAUAUUAUAGAGGCAUGUAAGCAAUAUAAAAACAUCAUAAAAUACACCAAAACAAUGUAUAAAAAAUAUUUUCAAUGACCACGUCGAAAAUUACGAUAUAAUCUUAUAAUAAGAUAAUAAGGGAAAUAAAGCGCUAUUUAAAAUUUUAGAGACAGAAGAUUUGUAAAAAUUAAAAUGCAUUUUCUAUAUUCUGUAAUAUAUGAUUAUUAUAUUAUUAAUUUAUGUAGAAAGUAAAAUAAAUAAAAAUAUUAAGAAAAAUAAACAACUCCUAUAUUUAAAAAUAAUGUAAGAAAUAAAACUUUAAGAAGCGGAUCUUUUGUGUGGAUGUUUUGUAUGCUAAUAUAAUUAAGGGAGAACCUAAUCUGUUUUAUAAGAUCAAAAGAAUCGAUUUUUUAAAAGUGAUGUUAAUUGAUAACACUAUCUGAAAAUGUCCUUUUAAAAUAUUUAAUCGAGAUUUAAAGUAUAUUUCGAGUUACAGUCUCAAAAAAGUCAUGAUGGGACAGAUGUUCAAGCGCGCAGCGAGAGCGAACGAAUUGCUCUUACUUCUUAAAAAUUUUUGAUUUGGCAAAUAUUCCUAGUAUUGAAUAAAUGUAUUUAUAUAUUAUUACGCCGUUUCCGCGUAACGGUGUGAACGGCGCGAUCAAAUAAGACUAAAGAUUACAAAUUAACUCUACCUAACGGCAGAGGUGGGGGGUAAGGCGAGGGAUAGUUUCCACCACUUGCUUUACGAGGAAAUCGGAGAACAGGCGAGAAAUUCGAAUCAGAUUAGUAACAAUAACAAAGAGAAUUUAUUCAUUUGCGAAUAAUUACAUGAGCGACAGUCUACUCACAGUAAGUCUGGCACUCGAAUGCUAAUCUAAAAUUAACGGAACGUAAAAGGGGAGUGUGGCCGAACUCGAAAAGAAAACUAAAAUUUCUGCGCGAUCUCGAAAUCGCUUCCCGACAGGCGUUCUCAAACUACCGCUCGCGAAUAUCUUUUCUACACUCGCCUCGAAAACAAACACGAACAGGCUAAUCCGCACGCGUGGUGCAGAGCUCCGUACCGGAUUCUGCACACAUUUUGACAGUUGAUACGUCACGCGUCCUCAGGAGAUUAGCCUACACGACUCGCGAAAUUCUUUUAGCUUGCUACGAAGUCCGCGGAGAGCCCUUCACACUUGCCGUCGAUCGUUCUCUCUCUACAUUAAUAGUCCGGGAGCUAGCGACACUUUUUUUUUACAAAUUAGUUUAAAGUUAAUUCACUUUUUCUCUUACCAUAUUUGUGCUACGUAUCCAUAAAAUCGACUCUUGUGGGCGCGCCAGCGGAACAUUGCUUGACAAUAGCGUCUCAAUUAUGUAAAAAAAAGUAGUCUUAAUGAUAUAAAUGCUUAAAGUUGAAAUUUUUUGUACUAAUUAUGGACCUCACAAAAUGAUGUUUUGCCACCUUAUUUGUAGAACAGCAUACUCCUGCCACUUAUAUAAACAUGUGAAAAAAAUUAAGUCGGUUGAUAGAAAGGCUUAAGGCUCGUUGCUAGAUUAAUAGAAAUACUAAGUUGAGAUACCCAUUGACAUUUCGCGUUAUUGUUUAAGUAUAAUAAAUAUUACAAAACAGCUCGAUUAUCCAGCGCCAUUUAUUAUAUUAAUUAUAAAAUAAACUACUAUUAAGCUAAAUACAGCGCAAAUCAAUUUGUGGUAUUACCGCGCUUUGUAAUAGCAUCGCCGCCAUAUUGGUGGAGUAAUAUGCGAUAGGGUCCGAAAAUAGGAGCCCCAAAAGAGAGAAACCCAAAUGACGCCACGACGAGUCAGUCGGUUACAGACCGAGCUAGGAGACAGACCUAUGCCACCGGGCAUUUGUCGUAUGAUGCAAUAUUGCAUCAUCUCGCGCGCGACGCAAACGGUAAAAUUAUUCGUUAAGAACAUUGUGAAUGGUGAUUAGGGACCAAUUGUACCUUUAUUUUCUUUUAUUAUCAUGUGUAUGCAAUAAAACAUUAUUUUAUGUGAA